GUUGAUGUCCUUUGCUGAAAAGGACUCAAGGAGGGUAUUUUUGCAGCGUUUGUGGCUACUGACACACUUUCCAAUUAUCAAUUUUCACGUAAACCGAGGCGAAUUUUCGAUAAAUGCAAAAACAAUCGAUUGUUCCCACAAUAGUUUGACUAAAAUAUAAAAUCGUGUGUUAUAAGUCUCGUUGGAGUCGAAAUUAGGCAGUCACCAAAAAGUCUCCGUUGGGGGACGUCAAGAUUUUCACGUGCUGUCUCUUAGAAUUGGGGUUUACAUAAAGCAAAUUGGGGGCUUCCGAAAAUGUUUACUUUGUGGUACGCCGUUUUGAGCUACAAUGAAUACAAUAGACAACAAUCACUGAAGGGUUCUCAGGGCUGUCCCUUACCGCCAAAACCUAAGGAACCGCCGGUCGCGUGUCCCCUGCCGCCCAAAAAACAACCGGAACCCUCGAGAAUACCGGUAAUAGAACCGCCAAAAACCCCGUCCCCGUCCCCCUCGCCGGUUCCGCCAAGAGUGGAAACGCCACCGUCACCGAAACCCUCCUCGCCCCUACCACCGUCGCCGAAACCGUCGUCGCCGGUGCCGCAGAAACCGCUGGAGCCGCCGGCGAAACCUCCACGAUCACCGUCCCCGCAUCCCAUCAAACCCGAAGCCUUCGACGACAUCGAGUACGAGGAGGAAGACAGCGAGGCCGAAGAGGAUGAGGAAGACUCCGUCAUUGAUUCGAAUCAGAGGAGUGCGGCCAAUUAUGUGAAUGAUUUUUUGAACAAGGAAAUCAACCAGCGAUAAUUUUGUAACAGCCCGAUUUUUAUUUGUUUAUGCCUUCAGACCCCGUUAUAAAAUGUAGUCGUUAUAAAGGAAAGUUGUUUAAAUAAAUAUUUAAUUGACGUUUUA